AUGACGGUCGUCAACACCGCCUACGAGCUGCUGCAACGCAGCGGGGUGCUGAGCGCGCGUCCUGCGGAGAACUCGGGAGCCGAUACGGAGGAAAAGAACGGCAAUAGCAGCAGCAGCAGAAAGACAGAUGGGGGGUCGCGCUUUACGCCCAAGGCGGGACUGCGGCGUCGCCGCGUGCCGGACGACUUUGCGGAUGGCGACAAAUGGAGCAUGAAGUCCACGUUGGAGUGGGACACCAUGAUGAACUCCGCCUUUGGUCUGAACGGCGUGAGCGAGGAGGAGCUGAAGAAUCCAGCGAACCACCCGUUCAGCCAUAGCAAGUUCUUCUCUUUUGAGGAGGACACGACGAUCUACCGCAUGAUCCGCGGCGGGGCCACCGUUCGGCAAGUCGCACGGACAUUAGGGAAGCCCCCCACGUUUGUGGAGCGGCGCCUUCACAACGCACAGUUCAAGCAGCGCAUUCAGUAUGUGCUGCGACACGAAAAACGCCAGAAGCAGCAGCGGAAGGGCGCGACAACUGGCGGGGCCAACACAACGGAGCGCAUCUUUGGUGCUGGAGAUGAGUUCCACACGGCGUUGCGGCAGCAGCAGCAGCAGCAGCAGCGCCCCGGCACGGAGGACCGACGGAAGAAGGAGUGGGAGCCGACUGUUCCGGAUUGGGAGGUGCCGGCGUACUUCGCCGAGAUGAGCCUGGAGGAAAAGGGCCGCCACGCACGCCUCCUGCGGGAGGAGCAGCAGCAGCAGCAGGUGCCGUCCUGGACGAGGGCGGCGUCCAAAGUGGGGCGGUCUUACUCAAACUACGCCCGUUUUGCCGGAAGGAAACCGGCAGCUUGA